CUUCCAACGUGUUGACUGACUUGGCUGCCGCUGAGGCAUCGGCAUCAACGAAAGUAGGAUUAUAAAAACCGGUGAGAGGAGAGCCCAGAGGAAGCACAGAUUGGAGAAACAUAAAAAUGAAAGCGGCUGUGUUGUGUUUUCUUCCGAUGGCCUUGGCCUUGGCCACUUUCACCGAGAAGGACAACUGCAACCGGAGGUGCGGCAGCAUGAACGUGCCUUUCCCAUUCGGGCUCAACGAAAGUUGCGCAUGGAACUCUGGCCUUGUCCUCACCUGCAACCACACAUCGGGGAACCUGUUUCUCUUCAAGAACAUUCCGGUGUUCGACAUAUCCAUGAAGAAUGCGACAAUGACCGUUGGCCUGUACAGAGCUUUAGACUGCUAUGACAAGAGUGGUGGUCGGCUUGCUGGCUCUAGCCCUAACCCAUGGAUCAACUUGCGUGAAGACGGGCACUAUACAUUCUCAGACACCCGGAACAAGAUCAUGGUCAUCGGUUGCGACACGACGGCUGUUAUCUCAGAUGCCAGCACAACUUUCGGGAGUGGAUGCUUGUCCUUUUGCCACGAGGCCUUCGACUUCACAGCCUCGAAAUCUUGCUCCGCCCUCGGGUGCUGUCAAACGUCGAUCCCCAAGAGCCUCAGGAGCCUCAACAUAUCCAUGGCCGCCACAAUGAAUUACACCUUAGUUCAGGGCUCCAGCUCUUGCGGAUCAGCGUUCGUAGGGGACCAGGAGUCGUUUGAUGUCUCCGAUUACAAGCUUCCUGUCCCGGAUGAUAUGCUCGUUAAAAAAUACUCAAAGGUUGUCGUGGAUUGGGUAGUUGAACGAAAUUUGACCUGCAAGAAAGCACAAUCCAACCAAUCGAGCUAUGCCUGCGGCGCCAACAGUUAUUGCUCUGACUUUGAAAACGGGAAUGGUUAUCGUUGCUUCUGUGAGGAUGGGUACACGGGGAAUCCCUAUGUCUCCCCACUGUCCCCACUCCCAGGAUGUCAAGAUAUCGAUGAGUGCAAGGAUCCACAACGAUAUCCAUGUCACGGGAAUUGCAAGAAUAAGCCUGGGAACUACACAUGCAACUGCCCAUUUGGCAUGACUGGUGAUGGCAAAAUUGGUUGCCAAACUUCUCGUCUUGUCGUAAUUGCUGCAGCCAUUGUAGCGACAGUGUUAGGCUGCAUAAUUGUGAGUGGUCUAGUCUUGUUCAUAUGCAAGUGGAUAGCUAAAGAGAGAUACUUUAGGCAAAAUGGAGGAGAGAUCCUGAAGCACCAAAGAGUGAAAAUCUUCACUGAGGCACAGUUGACUACAGCCACUAACAACUACGAUGCUAGCAACAAGCUCGGUGAGGGUGGUUUUGCUUCAGUUUACAAAGGAAGAAUCGACGGCGACAUUUUAGUUGCGGUCAAGAAGCCUAGAGAUGUCCUUGUCAAGAAGCCGAAAGACAUGAACAAUGACGGGUCUCUGAGCACUCACAAUGAAUUCCGGCACGAAAUCAGCAUUAUUUCACAGGUGAAUCACAAGAACUUGGUCAAGCUCCUCGGUAUAUGUUUGGAGACAAAAGUGCCAUUGUUGGUCUAUGAAUUCAUCCCAAAUGGGACUCUAUAUCACCAUAUUCAUGACAAGAGAUCAACGCUCUUACGAUCGUGGAAAAAUUGCCUUAGGAUUGCCUCGGAAGCCGCCUUGGCCCUUGAGUACUUGCAUUCCCUGGCUGACCCGCCAAUCAUUCACGGCGAUGUCAAGACCCUGAAUAUACUUUUGGAUGAGAACUACUCCGCAAAAGUAUCUGAUUUCGGAGCCUCGGUUUUGAUUUCGCCGGGACAUUCUCACAUAGCCGAAAGAGUACAAGGCACCAUAGGUUACCUCGACCCUGAGUAUCUCAGCACUAGUGAAUUAACCACUAAGAGUGACGUUUAUAGUUUCGGAGUCAUCCUUGUGGAGCUCCUCACCGGAGAGACUCCGAUUAGGCGGGCAAAAUCUGGGGAAACUAUCAACAUUGUCCAAUCUUUCAUCUCUGCUGUGGAGAACCGGACACUCGUCCAUAUAAUAAAUAUCGAGGUGUCCAUUGAAGGUGAAAUGCGGGAGAUCGAGGCGGUUGGUUUGCUCGCUAGAAGGUGCUUAAACUAUAAUGGUGUAAAUAGGCCAACAAUGAGGGAAGUGGCUGAGCAACUUGCUAGGAUCAACAAAAACUCGUGGGCCGAUCAAUGCAAUGAUGAAGAGACUCAAAGUUUACUUAAUGAGACGAGAUCUGAUUCUCUGUGGAUUUCAAUCAGUGAAAUAAACAAACUGGACUCGACCUACUGUUCAACAUUAGACAUCCAAGCCGCCACUACUAGUUCCAGUGUCUGA